UAAAUUAUUUUCCGGCCUGUCGCAAAGUGCGUUACGGCCGCUGACGUAAAAUUAGACUAGAAUACCCUUUCCACUUAUAGGUUAGCAUAACGAGCUAGUCGUUGUUUUAAAUGUCAUGGGAAUGACUGCAAGUUGCUAAUAGAUUGUGACCUGGACAAGAAACGUAUUAUAUAAAUCAUUCCGUUGCACUGAAGAGUUUGAAUAAUUUGUAUGCGCGGCUAAAAGCCAAUUCAGCAAUAGAGCCGCACUUGGGCUAACGUGGCACACCAGUGAAAUUCGCCAGUCAAACAUGGAGUUGGUGGCAGUGGUUGCUGUUUCUUUAUUGAUAGGCGCACUAAUAUUAUUGGUCGUCGUUGCAGUUUUCAAGCAGGAAAAACAAAUGAAUCAGCAGAAUAAUGAGAGAGAAGAAACUGAUGUGAAAGAAAAUGGAGACAAGGCCGUGUCUAUCAAAAAGCAGAAGCAGCAGCAGCGUCCCCGCAAGGAGAAGUCGCAGCAGCACACAUUCUCGCACACACUCCUGGCAGCAUCAUUGAAGAGUCACAGUGGCAAUGUGACUUGCUUGGAUUUCAGCAGUAAUGGGAAGUAUCUGGCGUCUUGCUCUGACGACCGCACCAUCCGGAUCUGGAGCACCAAGGACUUCCUGGACCGAGAGCACCGAUGCCUGCGUGCCAACGUGGAGCUGGAUCACGCCACGUUGGUCUGCUUCAGCCCAGACUCCCGAGCCUUCAUAACAUGGUUGGCCAACGGGGAGACAGUCCGUAUAUUCAAGAUGAGCAAGAAGGAGGACAGCUCCUUCACCUUCAAAGCCGCACCCGAAGAUUUUCCCAAGAGGCACAAAGGAAACGUGAUCAACAUUGGCGUUGCAGAGACUGGCAAAUUUAUCAUGACUGCGUCCACAGACACCGCCAUUCUGAUCUGGGACCUCAAAGGGGAGGUUCUGGCCUCCAUUAAUACCAACCAGAUGACCAACUCCUAUGCUGCCAUUUCACCCUGUGGCAGAUUUGUAGCAUCCUGUGGUUUCACCCCAGAUGUAAAGGUCUGGGAAGUUUGCUUCGGGAAGAGCGGGGAAUUUAAAGAAGUGACCCGAGCCUUUGAACUUAAGGGCCACUCAGCCGGCGUCUACUCCUUAGCCUUCUCCAACGAUUCCCGACGGAUGGCAACGGUAUCCAAAGAUGGCACCUGGAAGCUGUGGGACACUGACGUAGAGUAUAAGAAGCAGCAGGACCCUUACCUCCUGCGGACGGUGUGCUGCCAGGCCUCCCGAGGCAGCCGUAUCGCCCUGUCGCCGGACGCGCGGGUGGUGGCCAUCUCCAGCGGCUGCGACGUGGCUAUGUACGAUGCAGCCGCUGGGCAGCUGGAGGAGGAGUUCUACGGCAUCCACAGCGAGGAGAUCACGGACUUGAGGUUCGACGGCAAUGGCCGCUACCUGGCGUGCUGCGGGGACCGCGCUAUUCGCAUUCUCCACAACGCCCCGGGCUACCGGGCUGUCAUCCGGGACUUGGAGGACCUGCUGAGAAAGGCAACCAAUGAGGGCAUGCGCCAGAGGCUGCAGCAACAGAUCCAGGAGGCCCAGAGCUCAUUGGAUACCAUCUUGGUUGCAUCUAAGGACUGAGUUCCCCUCACUCUCAUUAACUCCCUCCUUUUCUCCACCUAAAAUUUGGAAAACAUGAAAUUUCUGUGCUGAUUUUAAAAAAAUAAACCAUGGUGUGUUUCUAGUAAAA